CCAUAUCGGUGUGUCUUAUUUCUCGGCAAUAAGGUUUGCGAACUGCGACGGUAGACUGGUUGGAGUUCGUAUUUUUAUCACAAAGAUAACACUUGUGACGGGAAUGCAAUCACACGUCAAACUCACGGGCUGUAGUAGUGUUUAUCGGUUUAUAUUAGUACUCAUGUUGAAAUUAUAGGAGUUAUUUAUAGACUAAAUAGUGAAAAUAAUAAUAAGACAGCAUUAUUCCUUUUUGGAUAUUAUGUGGAGCCAGAAAUCGUCACUGCCUUCUUAUGGUUCCUUGGAUAACGACACCACGCCAUUUGUUUACAAUGGCACAACCACGCCCGUCAUCUCCAAAACUCCGUUACCUCAGAAGCCUAUCAACAGCAAAGCUGGAAGAGGCAAAGCCCUCAGACAAAUUCUAGCGGCUUUAGUGGCCAAUCUGGGAACUAUCAAUACCGGCAUGGCAUUUGGGUUCUCCGCUACAGUGCUGCCACAGUUAAAGAGCAAUGAAUCUAGUAUACACAUCACAGAAACGGAAGCCAGUUGGAUUGCCAGUCUCAGCGCGGCCGGCACGCCCGUGGGCUGCCUUCUCAGCGGCUACCUCAUGGAUGUGAUCGGCCGCCGCCUAACGCUCUUGAUCACAGAAGUGCCGCUGAUCCUCGGCUGGUUACUCAUUGCAUUUGCUUGCAACAUCCCCAUGAUCUAUAUCGGCAGGCUGAUGAUAGGUCUCGGGUCCGGGAUGGUGGGCGCCCCGGCCCGCGUUUACACUUGCGAAGUCUCGCAACCGCAUCUUAGAGGCAUGCUGGGUGCAUUGGCUUCUGUCGGCGUCUCCACGGGUGUUUUAAUAUCGUACGUCAUCGGCAGCAUGACAACAUGGAACAUCCUAGCUGGCGUGAGCGCCAUCGUCCCCAUGCUGUCACUCCUCGGCAUGCUGCUUCUACCAGAAACGCCAAACUACUUGCUUUCCCAUGGCAAGCGAGACCGCGCCGAGAGCUCGCUAGUGAAGCUGCGUGGGUCCACCUGUGACAUCGACGAGGAAAUACAGAGGAUGAUCACUUUCAAGGAGAAGAAUCAUGUCGAACCGUUAACCAACGUGAAAGAUUACGUAAAGGCGCUGCUGUCCCCGUCUGCUCUGAAACCGUUUGCUAUCUUGGCCGUUUACUUCUUCAUCUACCAGUGGUGCGGCGUCAACACCAUCACCUUCUUCGCUGUUGAAGUCUUUAGGGCCUCAGGCGCAACUAAGGAGAACCAGUAUUGGCUGACAAUAGCUAUGGGCAUAGUGAGACUCAUAUUCACGGUGGUCGGGUGCAUACUGUGCCGGCGCUGCGGACGGCGGCCCCUCACAUUCGUCUCAGCGGUGGGGUGCGGGUCGACGAUGAUCGUACUGGCGGUCUACAUGUACUUCAUCGAGCAGUGGAAGCAGGCCGGCGUCGCGCCGAUGUACUCCUGGGUCCCCGUGGCGGCCAUCUUCAUAUUCAUGAUAUCUUGUACCCUGGGGUACCUCAUCGUGCCCUGGAUCAUGAUUGGCGAGGUGUAUCCCACGCAGGUGCGUGGCAUAGUGGGCGGUAUGACGACGACCGCAGCCCAUCUCUCUGUGUUCUCCGUAGUCAAGACCUUCCCCUUCCUCAAGGACGCGCUCAACUAUUAUGGCGCCUUCGCCGUUUACGGUGCCAUGUCGAUUGGUGGUAUCGCCUUCUUCUAUAUUUUCUUGCCUGAAACUAAAGGCCGCACCCUUCAGGAAAUCGAAGACUACUUCUGCGGCAGAACUAAAAGUCUCAAGCAACCAAAUAAGACCGAGGCCGCGUGAUCAACGUAGUACAAAUUUUGAUAUUUCAAAUUGCAUUUCGUGCGUUUCAGUCAGGCUACGUGUAUGUUAUGUAAAGUAAAGUUUGGUAGACUUGAUAUUUUUCAACGCAUUUUUAAAGGAUUAAAUUGCUAAGAUAUUUAGCAGCAGGUAGGUACUUAUAAUUAUUUUCAAUGCUAAACAAAAUUAUAAAUUCUCGUACUAUUAUAUUAAAUAAGAUGAAAAGCUACAGCUACAAAAUAGCCUUUAUGUCAGAAAAGUGAUGUACAAUGUAUUUCUAUAGUAGUAUGAUAAAAGUUUCACUGUGCCUUUAACACGAAUGCCCCAGAUACGUAAAGUACGUCUAUUUAAUCUUUAUGUAAGGAUAUUGUAGAAGAUGAGGAGAUUUAAACUAAACGAGUAUUAAUAUAAUAAAUAUACGUUUAAGUAGUCACUAGUCUACUGGUACAUCUUGAGUAGAGAUAGCAAAAAUGUGCCAUUAAACUAAUAUUUUAAGAUUUUGUUACACCGUGUGUAUUUUGAAACGGAUAUAAAUUCCUAUGGUACUUUAAAGUAUAGGCCCCUAUAUGAACGUAUAUUUUAUAUAUUUUACAACAAUAGGAGUAUUCCUAAUUCCAAACGUCGCUCAAUUAUUACGUCACAAGUGUUUACGUGCGUAAAUACCCAAUGUUUGACCUAUAUAACUAAUCGUACAUUGCAUGCUGCUUUAUUUUUAAUAUAUAAAUUUUAAUAAAUUAAAUACGUUUUAGUACAGUCAGCAUCAAAAGUAGCGGAUGAAACAACGCGCCAAAAGUAUCUGAUAUGCGGGAUAACUUUUCCAAAUAUAAAUAAAUUUCUAGAAUUCGCGUUCCAAAGUAUAUCUUUUACAGUCUUUGUUGGUCUAUAUUCAAGACAUCACUUUUUGUUAAGCUGUUACCGAAUGGUAGAUACUUAUGAAUCAUUAUUUGAUCCGCUACUUUUGAUGCUGACUGUACAAGCACGUCCUAAUUGAACAAUUCAUGAAACACCGUUUAUAGCUGCGUGCGCCUGGUUAAAUAUUAUGGUAAUUUAGAUCAAAAUACACGAUGUAGUAGGUAGGUAUAUUUUAUUAGAAUGUUAUUUAUUGAAUUUUACACCAGUGUACAGAUUAGUAUUAAGUAUAUAAAUUAUAGGUAAUAUAGUAGGUUACUCGUUCGUUCGUUGUUUUUACCUCUUAUAUGUAAUCAAAGAAAUUCUUAAUGAGGAAAGGAAUCGUCAGCAGGCGCAUGUCGAAUAUUGGAAAACAAUGUUAUUAAUACCUGUGCUACAUAAUUCUAUAUUAUUAAAGUCAGAUUUCUGGAAUUUUGCAAUGUGAGGCGUCUAAGGCGUCAUUAAAGCAUCUACCUAAUAUAAUAGUUGAACAAUAGGAAUUUGUACAAUAUAUUGUAAACAAAAAUAUUCUAACGUGAUGCUUAAAAUAUUAUUAAUAGAUGCAUUUUGUUGUAAAUAAGAGCUUCAAAAGUAUUUUGUGAUAACUAUACAAGUAUACAUUAUAAGUAGAUAAUUACUUGUAAAUAAAUUAUUGUUAUAUUAAA